AUGUGGAAAGCAGUCUUUUUUCUCCCUCAAAUUUGGGCGCAAACGCAGCCAGAUGCUUGGCCUGAUUACCAAGGCUCUUACGGCCUCUAUGGCGUCUGGUCGCGACCUUCAGAUGUUCAAUGGUCAGAUUUUGUGCAGUUCUAUCACAGCUACGAUGCAACGAAAACGAAUCCAAAAAAGGUCAUGUCUCGGAAGAUUCACGGCGCGUAUGUGACUGCUCUCUGGGACAAGCCAAAUGAAAAAGUUCAUCUCUUGCAUGAUGAAUUCGACUGCACAACAAGAGCUUGGCAGAACGAGCCGGAGUUUGAACUGAAUGGCGAGAAGUACCAAUUCAUUCCUCCUCUGUCCUUGAUUUCCAAAAACCGCGUCGAGGGAAUCACAAAAGUCAAGACAAACGAAACAGUCCGAGGAAUCCCGGUUUGGAAGUGGAAGGCCGACUUGAAAGAUUCGAGCUCGAAAUCGACCGGGAGCAUCGAAGUUAUCACCGCUCAAACAUCCAGUGAAAACAUUCCUCUACGACCCAUGCGACUGAGCUUCCGACUUCCAGGAGUUGACCAUCAUGAGAUUUUCGAAAUCUUCAAAUUUCGCUGGGAGGAACCACCCGUGGAAGUGUUUCAAAUACCCGCUUUGACGCCCUGCAAAACAAGCCACAAGCCUGAGAUCCCAGUUUUCAAGAGCAAGAACUUCCACGCGAUGGCUGAAAUCAAGGACAUUAUCUAUGGUUCUGAGAAGUACGACUUUCCAAUCUACGACUUCGACAUCACUUAUUCUCAAGAUGUUCAGCUUUCAAAAUACCGCUUCUCGACAAAUGGCUUUGCCGACAUGAUUUCGUUUUUCGGCAAGACGCAGCUUGAAUGCACAAAUGACUAUGAAGGAGAUGUUGUUUACUGCACCGACUUGCUUUAUGGAAAUUGUUCGUCCUGGAGCUUAUCCGACGACAGUUUUCCAGGAAGCUCGACGACAAUUCACGGUGGGUUGGUUUCGAUGAAAUCGCCAGCUGAAUUUUGGGGAACUGAUGAUCCACAAGCCUACUGGUUCAAAGGAAAUUCUACUGUUCGAAAUGUUUUAGCGAACUCAUGGACUGCUGAGAAAACUGUAGACAAGAAAGAAUACACAUUUGACUGGUAUUUUUCCGAUAGCUCGUGGAAGUUUUACACGCAUCAAGAAAGUCGGCGACAGCAGCCGCUUCUUUUGAGAACUCGCUCCGCAGAUCCAGUUACACCGGACGGGCACCACCACCACGUCGACUAUUCUAUCUAUUACUACGAUGAAGGGCUGAAAUCGUUUCCGGCAAAUGCAUUUGAUUCUGCUUCGAAAUGCUUCGCGGGAGAAAAGCAUUCGUUUUUGCAAAUCAACAUGACUGAUGUUGAUGGAACUGGACCAGAUGUCGUCCGAGACAUGUUCAAAAUUGAGUUCGAAAAACGACUGCGAGAGACACUAGCCAGGGCUGCCGGAGUUGGGUUUUUGAGAAUUAACAGGCUUAAAAUCUUCAAUUUCGAUCAAGCUGACAAAUUCCAAAUCCAGUUCUAUCUUCUUGAGAAAUCGAAGCUCUCAAAGUCGAACGAGUUGACGUUGGACGAAGCAAAGUUUAAAUUGAGCGGGAUCAUUGGUUCUGGAGGCGUUGGAAUGCACCUGAAUAUGGCUGAGUACUUGGGAUAUGACAGCAGAUUCCAAGCAAUCAACACGACCCUGAUUACAAAAGAGCUGUUCGACGAAAACGUUAUCUAUCAAGAUAAAUACGUAACUGACGGCGUAAGCGAUGGUAACUUCGCAGUGGCUAGCAUUCUGACUAUUGUUGGCGGAGUAGCGAUAGGUUUGGCUGCUGUAUCAAGCGUCUUCCAAAUCGCAAUCCUUGGAAUAGUCGUUCCCAAAAUCUGA